AUGUCUGCCCCCUCUUGCCAUGACACAUCUUCACUCUCAGAUGCAGAAUCAUUUGAAUCUGAUGAAGUUUUGCCUCAUUGUGAUGUUCUAAUGUCAGACUCUGAUGAAAAUCUUUGGAUUACAGCCACACCAUCUGAUUAUAUCCCACUUCAAAAUCACAGACCAACAGGAGGCUCUUCCAACUUGCUGGUAUCAAGUAGUUAUGAUACCACUCACUGCUCUCUUGAUUAUCUGGCCAGCUUAACCAGACACCCUGCAUCUGAUAAUGGUAUCAAUCCAACUCUGCUGAGUGAUACACUCACCAAUCAAUCUGAGUCUGAAUCAAAUAUUCAGCCAAACACUGGGGAUGACAAUCUGUUUUGUGAGAAUUCUGCUGGUGCUGCUCAGGAUCAACUCCUCACUGAUUAUCUGAUCAAUGAUGUUUCAGACAUACUUGAUCAUGACACUGCUUCUGCUUCUUCUGGUGUGGAUAAACAACAUGGACCUGGUGAGGAACAGGCCAAUACUUACAAAAGAUCCAUAAACACAGAACAAGCUGUUGAUAUUCAGCCAACAACAUCAUUCUCUAAUUGA